AGAGGAAUCAGUCUGUCCGGUUUACGGACUGAAGGGGAAAGAUACGGUGAUGGAGAAGCUUAAAGAAACAUGAUUAUGGACAGGAAAAAAAAUCUCCUUAUUACCUCAAGAUCACUUUCAAGGUGCAUUUCUCAGUAGGUGACUGAGCCUGACCUGGACGUGCAUCCAGAUGAAAUGAAUAAAGUACCAGGACCCCCGUCCUCUUCCCCCCUCCCUGCACCCUCCCCUAACCUGCCCCAGCCUAACUUCUCACCCACUCCACCCCCAUCUAUGGUUUUUGCCACACCCACUCCUCCUCCAAUGAACCCCACAGCUCCGACCCGACAGACAUACUACCCUGUUCGGCCCACGUUACCCACAAACCCGGCCCGAGCUCAGGCAAGCUCCGCCCCCCGUCCCAUCCCUCCACCACAUGGGACACCCACUCCUCAUGUCUUCCAGCCAGGCUCCCAGAUGAUGAUGAUCCCACCACAGCCAAUUAGUUUCUCUAACUCGCAGGGGCCCGCUUACUACAUUCCUGGCCAGUAUCGCCCCUCAUACGUUUCCACUCAGCAGUACCAGGUUGCUGGUUCUCCAAACUUUUAUCCAGGAAGCAGUCCAGCUGAAUACGCUGGAGCGUACUACCCUGCCCAGCCCCAAUUCACGCCUUCUGUAGCCACAGCACCUGUCCUCAUGAACCCCGCCCCCCAGCAGCAACAAGCCCCACCCCCUCCUCAGCACUCGGCACCGACCAAACGGGAACGCAAACAGAUAAGGAUACGAGACCCUAAUCAAGGCGGCAGAGACAUCACGGAGGAGAUCAUGUCUGGGGGCCGCAGCGCCUCCACACCUCCACCUCCACAGUCAAUUCUGCCCCUGUCAGAGGGAGGAGCCAUUACACAGUCUAAUAGUGAGAAAGCCACACCUCCUGUCAUAGCAACCAGAGCAGAUGACCUGAUCAAGCCUGUAGUGUCCCUGGAGUUCCCCAUUCCCCCAGGGGAAAGCCCUAUCCCAGAUGCUCUGCCCACUCCACCUCCUACCAGCCCAAUCAGUGAUGCAAUUGAUGCUCCGCCUCUCGUCAUGGAUAAAGCCACGCAAGCCGGUGUUGCAAGACGGCAGGAGCCAAAAUUCUUAGCAGUGUUUCCCUCCAGCACGAACAAUUCUACAGGGAAUAGGGCAGGACCAGCAGCAGUAUCUAUUCAUCUUCCGGUUUCAGGGAUGGAGCCAGCACUGGAGUCUCCAAUCGUGCAGCCAGAGGAGCUGCAUCUUGUAAACGGUUUAACUGCAUAUGCCAACAGAGACAUCAGCCCUCUCGCUGAGCCUGACAUCACCAAAGAAGCUCCACCUAUUAUUGAGAAAUGCUCAACACGGACUACCAAAUCUGUCCCUCCUGUUGUCAAGGGAACCCCAACUCAGGUUCUCAGUGAGACGCUACCACUUCUAACAGUCAAGGAAUCUUGUGUCCUAAGUAUCCAAGAAACACCAGCCCCUAAGCCAACACCCACGCCAGUUGUCGCAGUGAUUUCCGCUCCUGUUGUCACAGAAACCCUGUCUGUGUUUGUCAGGGAUAACCCCUCAUCAGCUAUCAAGGAGAUCACUGCACCAGUUGCCAAGGAAACCCUCAUUCCUGUUUUCCUGGAGACUCCUUCAUUUGCCACAGAAACCAGCAAGCCUGUUGUCAAAGAAACCAUUGAGGAACCUUGUCCUAUUUCGAAGGAAACCUCAAGUCCCUUGGAGCCUGUGUGUGUUGCUGCUCAAGCCAUGCCUCUUCCUGCUCCUACUGAGGAACGAGAAGACACGUCCCCUCCACAAACAGCCCUGGAGAGCACUAUGCAAGCUGUUUCUGUGCCAAAGAAGAAGAGGAAGUUGAAGGACCUAAAUAAGAAGGAAACCGGUGAUGUACUGGAUGCCUUUAAAGAGCCAGAGGUCAUGCCCCCGGUAAAAUUGGACCAGGCUGAACCUGCCCCCGUUGCUCGACCCCCUGUAGAAGAAGUGGAAGAGACGUGGGAGGAGAAGGAGGAUAAGCUUGAUGCUGAAAACAUCCAACCACAGAGUCCUGCACCGGCCACGCCCACUGAGCAGAAAUACCAGUACAAAGAGGAACAGUGGAAACCUCUGAACCCUGAGGAGAAGAAGAAAUAUGACCGAGAGUUUCUGCUGGGCUUCCAGUUCAUCAGUGCUAGUAUGCACAAACCAGAGGGGCUGCCACACAUCAGUGAUGUGGUGCUGGAUAAGGUGAAUAAAACACCUCUGCGGCCAUUAGACCUGAGCAGGAUGAACUGUGGUCCAGACUUCACCCCAUCGUUUGCUAACCUGGGCAGACAGUCGGUUGGGGGGCGUGGCCCGCCGAUGGGUUUGCUCGGCCCGAGACGCUCAGGUCAGUCUGGAUCCCGUAAGGAGCCGAGGAAGAUCAUUCUCUCUGGUGUGUCACUGAAUGACGACGUUCAGCUGAACAAGGCAGAGAAGGCCUGGCGGCGUGGAGGUGGAGCUGACAGUGAUGACUCGGAGUCAGUGAAGACGCAGGAUCUGCUGCGGCGUGUGCGAGGUGUCCUGAACAAACUAACCCCUCAGAUGUUCCAGCCCCUGAUGAAGCAGAUCACGGAGAUGACCAUUGACACCGAGGAGAGGCUGAAGGGUGUGAUUGACCUGGUGUUCGAAAAGGCCAUCUCCGAGCCCAACUUCUCUGUCGCCUACGCUAACAUGUGCCGCUGCCUCAUAGGGUUGAAAGUGGCUACCUCUGAUAAGCCGGGAAUGACAGUCAAUUUCCGAAAGCUUCUGCUGAACCGCUGCCAGAAAGAGUUUGAAAAGGACAAGGAUGAUGAUGAGACAUUCGAGAAGAAACAAAAGGAGCUAGAUGCUGCCACUGAGGAGGAGGUGCGUCAACGUCUGCGGGAGGAGCUAGAAGAGGCAAAGGAUGCAGCACGGCGGCGCUCGCUUGGCAACAUCAAGUUCAUCGGCGAGCUCUUCAAGCUGAAGAUGCUCACAGAGAACAUCAUGCACGACUGUGUGGUCAAACUGCUGAAGAACCACGAUGAGGAGAGCUUGGAGUGUCUGUGCAGAUUACUUUCCACAAUCGGCAAGGACCUGGACUUCGAGAAGGCCAGGCCUCGUAUGGAUCAGUAUUUUAACCAGAUGGAGAAGAUCAUUAAAGAGAGGAAGACGUCAUCUAGAAUCCGGUUCAUGCUGCAGGACGUCCUAGACCUGAGACGGAAUAACUGGGUGCCCAGGCGAGGAGAUCAGGGCCCCAAGACAAUCGAGCAGAUCCACAAGGAUGCCGAGAUGGAGGAGCAGCGAGAACAGAUUAAAGUCCAGCAGCAGCUUCUCUCCAAGAAGGAGGCACGAGGUAUUGGAGGAGGAACUGGAGGAGGAGGUGUGACCCUGGGCCCUCGGGGUAUUGGUUCCAUCUCACACCGUGGCAACCCACCAACAGACGAUGGCUGGAAUACAGUGCCCAUCUCCACCAAGAACCGGACCAUCGACACCAGUCGCCUCAGCAAGAUCACCAAGCCUGGAGCCCUGGACUUUAACACCCAGCUACUUGCACCUGGUGGCAAAGGAUCAUGGGGUAGCUGGGGCAAAGGGAGCAGUGGAGGUUCAGGGGCUAAAUCCAGUGAUACUGCUCAAGAAUCGAGCCGUACGAGCACAUUGAAUCGCUUCUCUGCCCUUCAGCAGCCUCCUUCAUCUUCUUCCAACAUGGACACUGACAGAAGAGUGCCACAGAGGAGCAGCUCGAGUCGAGAACGUGGUGACCGUCUUGAUCGUGGUUCAGAUCGAAACCGACCCGCCAUCAGUAAGCGCAGCUUCAGCCGAGAAAAGGACGAGUGGGAGCAGAGACCAACCGAGACGGUGCGGCGAGUUGCUAGCAUGACUGAUGAGCGAGAACGAGCAAGAGAUCGUGAACGGGAGCGAGAGAGGGAACGAGCACCCAUCAAAGACGGCGUGAGGAGAGAACCUAUCUCCAUCCCCCCUCCUGCUCCAUCUAAACUGGCUCUGCGCCCUGAAGACCUCGAGAAGAAAUCCACUGCCAUCAUCGAGGAGUACUUGCACAUCAACGACAUGAAGGAGGCACUGCAGUGUGUGAAUGAGCUGAACUCCACCUCCCUGCUGUACGUGUUUGUGAGGACAGGAAUCGAGUCGACUCUGGAGCGCAGCACUAUAGCUAGAGAGCACAUGGGCCUACUACUGCACCAACUUGUCAAAACUGGAACACUGUCUGCACAGCAGUACUACAAAGGGCUGAUGGAGGUGCUGGAGGUGGCUGAGGACAUGGCCAUUGAUGUGCCUCAUAUCUGGGUUUACCUGGCAGAGCUGAUCACUCCCAUGCUGCAUGAGGGUGGGAUUCCCAUGGGCUCACUCUUCAGGGAAGUGUCUAAGCCUCUGGUACCCAUCAGCAAAGCUGGAGAUCUGCUAGCACACAUCCUCACCCUGCUCUGCAAAGGAAUGAGCAAUAAGAAAGUCGGAGCCAUGUGGAGGGAGGCUGGGCUGAGCUGGAAGGACUUCCUGUCUGAGGAUCAAGAUGUCAACAAGUUUGUGACUGAGAAGGGAGUGGACUACACACUGGGUGAGGAGUGUGUGAAAGCUGGUAACAGUAGGAAGUCUCUGAGCAUGGAAGAGAUCUCUAAACAGCUGGACCAGCUCCUGCGGGACAAAUCUGAUAACCAGCGCAUAUACAACUGGGUGGAGGCGAACCUGGAAGAGCAGCAGGCUUCAUCGAACAACUUUGUGCGAGUUCUGAUGACCUCUGUGUGUCAAUCUGCUAUUAUUUGUGAAACCCCAUAUAAAGUUCAUUCUAAAGAAAUUUCCCGGAGGGCUAAGCUGCUCCAGCGCUACAUUAAUAACGAGAUGAAGGAACUGCAGGCACUCUAUGCAUUACAGAGCCUCAUGAUGCAGAUGGAGCAGCCACCAAACUUGUUGCGGAUGUUUUUUGACGUGCUGUAUGAUGAGGAUAUCAUUAAGGAGGAUGGUUUCUACAAGUGGGAGUCAAGCAAAGAUCCAGCUGAGCAGCAAGGAAAGGGUGUUGCCCUCAAAUCAGUCACUGCCUUUUUCACUUGGCUCCGCGAAGCCGAGGAUGAAUCAGACAACAGUUAAAGUCCUGGCUCUGCACACUGGAGAAUGUUUUCACAAUCUUCCUGGAGUUGAAACAAGAUACAAUUUUGAAAGAGGAUAAAAUUUUGAACUUUGGAUCGUGUGUUUUUGUGUUGUGUGUUUUUUUUUUUUUUUUUUUUUUUUUUUGGGUCCCCCCCCGGGUUUUAUGCUAGCAAAUAUUUUUUGAGCCAAAACUGUUGAUUUAUAAACAUUUCAAAAUUCACUGAGAGGAUAAAGAAGUCUGGAGAUGUUCCGUUAUUGUUUCAGUAGUUCCUGACAUCAGCUUGGUGUCACUAAACUUACACACUUUGCCUGUGAUGUGUUGCUGCAACGGUGUGAUCAUCAGAAGCUGCUCAGAGCGCUAUAUUAUUAUUAUUAUUAUUAUUUUGAAAUUCUUUGAGUGUUAUGCUGAGAGAUUCUUUCCUGUGCAUUGGGGAAUGAAGUGCUGUGGUAACGUGUCCCCCCCCCCAAAAAAAACAAACAAACAAACAAACAAACUUGAUUUUGUUUAACAGGACAAAAUCCAAAGGGGUCAUUGGUUGUAUUAAGGGGGGGGACUGCUUCCUGACAGCUCUGCAUGAUGCAAAAAAAAAAAGGAAAUGGAGGGUGAACUUUGACCGUUAUUUGCUGCUGAGGGGGCAAUGUUACACUAACCGCCACCAUGAACUUCUCUGAUUUAACUUUUGUCCACUUUAAAAAAAAAAAAAAAAGACAAAAAGAGGACAAACUGGUUUGUUGAAUCCUGUAGUGCAUUUUAUAAAAUACAAUCAAUACUGAAACUUAGAAAAAAAAAAAAGAUUAACUAUGAUAUUGACUGUAAGAAAGACAAGAGUUGGUGUUAAAUAAAAUGUGGGGGAAAAAAGGAAGACAAAACCAGUACAGAGUGAAAAGCUGUUUCUGCUACCAUAAUGCAUUUCAGGAGAGUCCUGUAAAUAUUUAGUUUUUUGAUUGCUUUUGUUUAAAGUUUUCAAUAAUAAAAAAAAAAAAAUGCUAACUUUAACAA